GAUGACAAUUCAUUAGUUUUAUAGUCAUUUGUAUACCAGUUUGUGUAGUUUAACACGUAUAUAUUAUAAUUAAUUCUUAGUUAAACAGAGGGUUUCGGGUUCAGCUGUAAAAAUACGAGUCAUGGGGAAUCUCAAAAGAGACCUGGAGCAGUUGAAAAGAUACAGAGAAACCAAUGAGCGUAAAAGUAGAGAAGUUGUUCAAAUUUGGGACGAUUCGAUUUCCUCAAACAUAUAUAAUCUAGGAAAAGAAAAACAUAUCGUUUUGGAACAGGUGUCUAUAGCAGCGGCAGAUUCUUUUAGACUUAACAUUGCACAAAGAUGCAUACAAGAGUUGUACAAGGACUUUCCUAAUAGUUCCAGAGUGCGAAUAUUAGAAUCGAUGGUUUAUGAAGCGGAUGAAAAUUAUCCCAAAGCACUUCAAAUAUUAAAUGAUAUUAUUAAACAAGACAACACGAAUAGUGCUGCUAAAAAGAGGAGAAUUGCUAUAUUCAAAGCUCUUGGAAGAUAUACAGAAGCUAUCAAAGAACUAACUGAAUAUUUGAAAACCUUUAUGGCUGACGUUGAGGCAUGGCAAGAAUUAAGUGAGUUGUACAUAAAUGAGCAUGAUUACAGCAAAGCUGCCUUUUGCGUGGAAGAAUUAAUUUUGCAUAAUCCACACAACCAUUUGUUACAUCAGAGGUAUGCUGACAUAAAAUAUACACAAGGUGGGUUAGAAAAUUUGGAAAUAGCUAAAUCUUACUAUUAUCAAGCUCUGAGGUUAAAUUCCAGGAAUAUUAGAGCUCUAUAUGGAAUAUAUUUGACAACAACUGCUUCGCUAAAUUCUCAGAAAAAUGUGUCACAGAAGAAGAAAGAUUCAACACAAAAGGUGAUUGAGUGGAGUCUAAAACAAAUAAGAAAGCGGUAUGCUGAUGAAAAUGAGGUGAAAGAGAUAGAAGAAUCCUUGGCGGCCCUAGAAGUUUAAGCAUUAAAAAAAUGUUUAGGAUAUUUUUUAGGUGUUGUUUUUUUAUGUUUAUGAGAGUAUUAUUUAUGUUGUACCAU